AUGUCCAGUGAUGCUAUGUUUCUCUCCCACUUCUCCGAGACCACAGCCGUCGAGCCUGACCUAGUCUCGCUCUUUGAGCGUAUCCACUUCUACACUGGCAUCUCGGACGACCCUCCUCCCCUCCUCCACCGUUCCGAUCUCCUGCAGCGUCCCUUCGUCAUCCCUCGAGACAGGUUCUCCGCCAUCCCCGAGAAGACCGCUCACGGAGUCGUCCACCCGGUCCUCAAGAACAAGUUUUGGAAGGAGACCGUUGCUCCUGAGAUCAUCGCCCUGCUCAAGGAUAAGACCCGUAGUGUUCACGUCUCUACGAUGCUGCCUGUCCGCUUCUCCACCCCCGAUGAGAACGGCAAGGAUGUCCUCGAUAAACACAUCGUCCUGUGGAUCUCUGUUCAUCCUAACACCACGAAGGAGACCUCCUGCCGCGACGCCAACGCCCCCGUCCUCGCCAUUCUCGCUAAGCACGGCAUCCAGGACGCAGCCGUUCACUGGAUUGAAGGUGCUGUCGAGUCCCUGGCCGGUCCCCCUCCCAUGAUGCGCGUCGUCAGGGACACGGACCCGACCCACUGGAUCCGCCGAGCUCUGACAGCCGUCUUGGGCGUCCCCCUCGCUGCGGAGGAGUUGGCGGACAAGGAUGUGCAGGGCUCCCUCGGCGUAUACUUCCACGAGGGCAAGGACCGGCAUGGUAACAAGAGCACGAGGGACACCACGGCCGACUACGAGUCAUACACGCGUAACUGCGGUCGUCGUCGUUUCGAGCAGGUGGUCAACGAGACGCGCGCGCCCAUUGCUACGAAGCUCGGUGACGCCAAACUCUUCGCCGAGCAGCUUGCGGCACUGUCGGCGAAACCGGCAUCCGACGAGGAGGAGGCGGCGGCGGAAGACAAGUUGGACUUGGAGAGGAAGGAGGAGGACUUGAAGAGGGCGAAGGUGGACGUUGAUAUCCUGGUUGACUUCCUCAAGCUCCUCAACUCUAAUGUCUACCAGCGAAUCGUCGGGUGGCUCGAUUGGGCACCCCAAAUCGCUAACGAUCUCGACAACCGCCGCUAUACUCGAGACAUAGGCGUCAUCGCGCUUGAGGACAAGUUCCUGAAGGGCUUCAAAGGCAACUAUGUCUAUCUCGCUGGCAAGUUCACCCGCGACGAGAUUGUUUCGUUCUUCUACCCCAAUGCCACUAACCCACCAUCCUUCGAGUACCCAAAAGAUCACUUCUUCAGGAUUUCCGAUUGUCAAGGCAACCCGUGCUUCAUCGUGGCCAAGAAUGGGCAGACGACUGAUCUCACCUUUGGUCGCUUCUCCGGGUUGGAAGCUUACACGUGUGACGAGUUCGAGCACGAUUCGUGGGAGGUCGCUGUCCUCAACUUUAACAGAGAGCACGGCAACUUUUCUGACCAUGGCGACUCUGGCGCAUGCAUCUUCGACGCCAAAGGCAAGAUGGUCGCGAUCUUGCAUUCCGGCAUGCCCAGGGGAACGUCCAGCCACGUCACGUUUGGCACUCCUGCUCACUACGUCGUCGAUCUCGUCAGGGAACGCUACCCCCAUGCCGAUUUUGACCGCCUCAAGUUCGCCGAAACCGCAGCUUGA